AUGCUGUCGGCCGUUGCUAAGCUGUGCUGUGGGAUUUCAUACCAACAUCUCCGGAGUGUGACAGGUUUGCAGCAUACGGCCAUGGCAGCUUUAGGACAGGAAAUCGCCUCCAUGCAGAAAAGAGGAAGAAUAUCAAUGGCGAGCCAGAGCUGGGAUGUGGCGUGGAGUUGGAGGAACAUCAGUGAGGAGACAGAGUGGACAGACAGACAGUAUGAUGGUGUGGAGGACACGGACCUGUUGUACCAGCAGCAGGGACAUGAAGCUCUGCAGAAAGCUCUGGACAUCACACAGAACGCUGAUGGCUGGAGGACGGAGAUCACACAGGACAGUGGUGACGUGAUCUACAGUAAAGUUCUUCAGGGAAAUCAUAAGGUGUUCAGACUGGAGGCUGAACUUGACGCCUCACCUGAGGAGUUAUACGAGGUUCUGUUUGUGAAAGUGGAGGAGAUGAACGAGUGGAACCCCAGCAUCGCACACAUCAAGGUACUGAAACACAUAGGGAAGGAAACCAUGGUAACGCACGAGGUUUCAGAGGGAAAAGCGGGGAACCUUAUUGGUCAGCGGGACUUCCUGAGUGUCAGGCAUUCGCUGAAGAUGAAGCGUUGUAUUUACCUGGGCGGAGCUGCGACUCACCUGGAGGCUUUUCCACCACAGCCAGGAUUCAUCAGAGCUGAAGACGGUCCAACGUGCAUCAUAAUCCAGCCUUUACCGGGUUGCACUGGAAAAAGUAAAUUCACCUGGCUGCUCAAUAUGGAUGUGAAGGGCUGGCUUCCUAAAUCUUUGGUAAAUCAGGCGCUCCCUCAGGCUCAACUCAACUUCACAAGACACCUACGGAGACGACUCAAGAGGGACAGGAAAUGA